GAACAGACAUUUGAUUGAAAUAAUUGCUUCAGAACAAUAAGAGAAAGUCAAUACAUUAAUGCUUGUGCUCCUUGAGCCCCUGCUAUCAUCCCAUGGAAACAAGAGAACACCAACACUAAGGAAUACUGAGGUUUCAGCAUUGACCAAAUCAUUCCAAAAUCAGAGUGUCAAUAGGUUAGUGCUGCAGGAUCAAAGUUUUAUUACUGCUUUCAGUAGGUGGCAAGUUUCUGUCUGGCCAGAACAUGGCUGGCCAGCUUCAGAUGACUGGUGAGAUUGUCACUGGCAGUCACUCUCUGUACCUAUACAAGGAGGGCUAAGCUACUUACCAGCCUGCUCCUGAAUGAAGCACCACCUGAAGUAUGAUAUUUAAUAGAGAAAAAGAGAAAUUAUGGUAGUGGUGUGGAAGAUGAUUUCUGUUUGCCUUAAGAUAUCACCGCAAAUGGUGGCAGUAAUGACAAAUAGUAAGCUGAAAAAAUUUAGAAGCUGACUAACAGGGAGAGAAAGCAACCCUGCAGCAGAAGCAGAGAGACAGUGGGGGACAGUAACCUUCUCAGCUGUUCUGAGACAAGCCAUCCUGCUGAACUCUCAGUGAUCUCAUUUGCAUCCCACUGCAGAGCUAGCAUACUAGUGACAGGUACCACUAAGGCUGUCUGUAUUCUGAAGCCUUGUUCUUGAAAGCUCGUAUCUUUCUGAUGCUUUUUGAAAACAGUGCCUUGAAAACAAAGGUGUCUCAGUCUCCAUAUGAAAGAUAUUCUUUGUGUAUAAAGCACUUUUAAAUGGAUGUAGUUCUGAUAAAGUAGAGUGGAGUCUUUUUUAAAAUUUUUAAAAACAAAACAAAAGCAAAACAAGAGUAAAUAGUUUUUUUUCCUGCCCUUUCUUUGUUCUCAAAAUACAGAGCAACUUUUACUGAAACUUUAAAUAAAAACAAACCAGACGAAGGCAGAUACUAAACAGAGAAAUUCACUUGAAAAGGUGAAAGAGUCAAAGGUCUGUGCAAACAGAAGUAACAUUUCAACUACACUGAACCAGGUAUGUCAGUAUCUGAAGACUACAAAUUUGCUCAUGUCUACUGCAAGAGACCAAACUGAGUCAAGUGACAGCUUCUGGAUUAAAGAAACUUUUGACCUGCCAAAGUAAACAGGGUUAAUGGCAUGAUAUGACAUAACUGGUGGUAGAAGAUGCUUUUCCCUUUGAGUAUAUAGCUCUACACUAACCCUAAGGUGUCUGUUCAGAGACGAAGUUACUAACUUCCUGAAGCUUAAAGCAAUCAGUUCAGCCAUAGAUUAUAAAACUGCUACAGGAAUAACUAGCUGUUAUUUUGCAUUCUUGUGCUCUGUACUGGAUCACACUAGAAGUUUACAAAGCUAGUCUUAAAGCAGCCUCAAAGACCUAAAUAAAACACCAUCAUCGUCUAUGAUCAUUACAGUUUUACUGAAUGUGCAGUAGUAAAUUCUUGUAAACAACCCCUCCUGAACUAUUAUUUUAGUUUGUCACACACCCUAGCCCACUAAUAAGGACUCUGCAAGAGCCAAAACAAAUGUCUCUCAGUGGAAGCUUCUAUAUAACAGAGAGGCAGAUGUGUUCAACACCUCAUAAAAGCACACAAGGCUAAGUGUAGUCAUCCUCCCUGAAAGAGCCACCCUUCUGGGUCUCAAGGGUCCAGACAGGAUGCUCCCCCUCCAACUCCCAAGAUCUCCUUUGUCAACUCCCAGUGGUCCCAUCCAUUAAUUGCGUUAGGUGAAGCUCAGCAAAAGCUCGAAGUAGAUCAACAGCUAUCCAACCACAACAGCUAUCCAACCACCGUAAGUGCAUUUAGAAAUAAAUAAACGAAAGUCUGGUUUGAAAAAGAAAUAGGAAAAGUGCUUCUUAAAUGUAAAUAACUAAACUUCAAGAGAAAGUGAAGUUAUGUGAACCCAACAGAAGUACUCACGUAUCCACUCAUAUCUAAAUCUAUAAGGUAUUUGUAGGGCACUAGCCAUAGCACAAUAUAAGCAUAUGUACUAAUGAUGAUCAUUGGCUACAGUAUGCGUAAGUGAUUUAUUAAUCCCUUUUUUCCAUUAACAUCAGACUAUGAUCUCACUCUUGUGAUAGCAAGAGCCCUCCAUUUGCUAGAGACAGGUGAACCUCAACCCAUUUGAAGAGUCACUGCAGAAGAGACAAUCUCAAAGGAUAAAAUAAUCUCAAAGGAUAAGAUUUUGCCCCCACUGAAAUUAAAACUAAAAUUCUAAUAAACUUCAUUGGGGUCUUAGAUUUCCCGAUGCUACUUUCAUUUUCUUUUUGUCUUCCAUCCUCAAGACUUUUGAAGUCCACAAAACAGUGCCCAGAGCCAAGGCUCUCCUAAAACCCAGCUUCCUUAAAGAAUGUCUGGUAAUUAGGAAAAAUAUUAUGAGGAAAAUCUCCUUCAUGGCAAACCACAUUUUAGGUCCAAGCCUUAUUAUUAAACAAAGUAAUCAGAGGUUAACAGGGACUAGAUAUUAAGAAAUAUUUCUUUACUGUGAGGGUUGUCAAACACUGGAACAGGCUUCCAAGCAAGGUGGUUGAUGCCCCAUGCCUGUCAGUGUUUGAGAGGCAUUUGGAUAGUGCCCUUAAUAACAUCAUUAACUUUUAGUUAGCCCUUUAGUGGUCUGUCAGUUGGACUGAUGAUCUCUGUAGGUCCCUUCCAACUAAACUAUUCUAUUCUAACACCAUCUUUCCCUGUGAAGCAAUCCAGUCUCUCAAAUCUCAGAAGUCUUGGGUUAGUUUACUUUUGAACAAAGGUGCAGGGCCCUCUUUAUCUGAUUGUACCAGUUUACCUUCUGUGUAUUCUUGCUCUGUGCUACAAGAACAGAGAUAUUACAGUAGGACCACACCAUUUCUUCUCUACAGUUGAGAACAAUAGGCAUUUCUGUAGGACACUGAGAAAAUCAUUUCUGUGUACUUCUUGGCCAUGGGUGGUACACAAGCCCAUUUCUCUUCAAUAAUUCUUUUUCUCCAGAUAUUUUGAAAUUAUUGCAACCAGUUACUAAAAGCAAGAGCUUGGUAGCUGCAGCCACAAAGACAAAAUCUAGUAAAUUCACAUGGCACAAGAGGAAAUUGUUUCAACAGCUGCAUUUUUGAAGGGUCCCAAAUAGACGAACAUAAACUGCAGCUCAUAGCCUCUCUUUGCUGCACUGCUGGACAAACCUCCUCCUAGUCUGUAUCUAUGCAGUCUGGCAUGUCCUAAGGAUGGUAUCACAAACGUUGUGAGUUCAAACAUAAACAUGCAGGCAUUUCACACUGUGCUAUAGCCAAGUAAAAUGAAAUAGCCAAAUGACUAAAAUGGACAGCUAGGGCAACAAAGCUGAUGAACAGCCUCUAACCAGGUCCAGAUGCUUUUCCUUUCUGCAUAAUUUGAAAUCUAACAUUUCCAGGCACUACAUGCAGUUCAGCUCUUUUCCCUCCAGCUUGAACUUGCAUGCUGGAACCAAACAUUAUGCUAAUGAUCUCCAAGGACCUGGCACUGCUGUUGCUUAGGAACAAAAGUUUCACAGGCUGUGGACAGAGAAUUGAAUAGAGGCACUGUAGCUGGGGAAGUCCUUUUUACCACUCUCUUCCCCUCAACACUCACAUACACAACAGUUCCUUGAAGGGCUGCCAUUUUCCUUCAAGGAAGUACGAUUCAGUAUUUACAGGCCUCUGAAAGGAAAUUGUCCUGCGCUCUCCUGUUUUACAAGCUGAAAGACUGACUCAUUACUCAAGGAAGAGCAGACCAGAGGACAACUGCACGGUAACAGAACAUGAAGGCUCAUCCCACACUACUGAAAAAUACUAUCAGCUUGUGACAUCUGUACCUUGGCUUUUAAAGUCCUCCUAGCUGCUAGCCGGAAGUCACAGCCACUGGUUUCAAAGGCUUUGCUGGGAUUCCCACACUUCAUCCAGAUUCUGGUGUGUUUCCCUCUCUGAAGAAAUAUGGCCAAGGGGAAAGCAAAAGGACCAAAAGGGAAAAAAAUUACCUUGAAAAUUGCCAAAAAUUCCAUCAAAAUCUCUUAUGAUGGAGGGCGCCGUCUUGACUUAAGCAAGAUGGGUAUCACCACCUUUCCCAAGUGCAUUCUGAAACUGGCUGAUGUGGAUGAGCUUGAUUUGAGCAGAAACAUGCUAAAAAAGAUCCCAAACAGCAUCGAGAAGUUCCAGAAACUGCGCUGGCUGGACCUGCACAGUAAUCAGCUCGAAGAGCUGCCCAAGACAAUAGGUACACUACAGAACCUUUUCUACCUGAAUAUUUGUAAUAACAAGCUGACAACUAAAAGUCUGCCAGAGGAGUUGAACCUUCUCAAGAACCUUCGCUUUCUCAACCUUGGCUUGAACUGUCUUGAAUGCAUCCCCACCAGCCUUGGGGCCCUGCAGGAACUUAAGGAAUUAGGUCUCUUUGACAACUUACUGACCACCAUCCCGAACAGUGUGAGAAAGCUCCCCAAGCUCAAGAAACUGAAUGCAGAAAGAAACCCUUUCCCUCAUUCAAUAAAAAAAGAAGAGUGUGUCGACCCCAUCAAAUGCAUAGAAACGCUUUACUUAGUACAAGAGAAAGACCUGUGCCGUUCCUGCCUGAAGACAUGUCAGGAUGAGAAGGACAAGAUGAACAAGUUAAAGAACAUAAUACCCAGCCCCUCAAAGGAGCUCAGUUUCCCUUUACUCCUUACGCCCAAUUCCACUGCGAAGGAUAACCAAGAGCAAUGGAGAUUAAAAGAUGAAGAUCCCUGAAAUCUACCAAGCGCUCCACAGGCCACAUCCCAUACAAUCCAGCGAAAACUAAUAAAAAAGCUGUCCUCC